AUGUCAGCUAGACAAAGACAGAUUAAUAAAGAUAUUGAUAUGUGGGAAACAAACCGAAUGUUAAGAAGUGGUGUUGUUACUAAAACUGAUUAUGAUGAAGAUUUUGAAGAAGACAAUGAAGCAAGAGUACAUCUUCUGGUCCAUAAUAUUGUCCCACCUUUCUUAGAUGGUCGUAUUGUAUUUACAAAGCAACCAGAACCAGUUGUUCCAGUUAAAGAUCCCACAUCAGAUAUGGCCAUUGUUUCACGAAAAGGCAGUGCCAUAGUUCGUACUUAUCGUGAACAGAAAGAAAGAAAGAAAUCACAAUUAAAACAAUGGGAAUUAGCUGGCACAAGAAUGGGAGAUAUUCUAGGUGUACAGAAAAAAGAAGAUGAUGUAGAUAAAAAUCCUGAAGGUGAUUUUAAAGCUGAUCAUAAGUUUGCAGAUUUAAUGCAAGAUAAAAAUGAAGCAGUUAGUGAUUUUGCCAAAAGGAAAUCUAUAGCAGCACAGAGAAAAUAUUUACCCAUAUUUGCUGUUAGAAACGAACUAUUGAACAUUAUAAGAGAUAACAGUGUUGUUAUUAUUGUUGGUGAAACUGGUUCAGGAAAAACAACUCAGUUAACUCAAUAUCUUCAUGAAGAUGGUUAUACCAAAUUUGGAUUGGUUGGAUGUACUCAACCUCGGCGAGUUGCUGCCAUGUCAGUUGCUAAAAGAGUUUCAGAAGAGAUGGGUGUAAAUUUAGGAGAGGAAGUAGGUUAUGCUAUCCGUUUUGAAGACUGUACAAAUGAGAAUACAAUAAUAAAAUACAUGACUGAUGGUAUUUUAUUGAGAGAAUCUUUACGUGAAUCAGAUCUAGAUCAUUACAGUGCUAUUAUUAUGGAUGAAGCUCAUGAAAGAUCUUUAAAUACUGAUGUCCUGUUUGGUUUAUUAAGGGAUGUGGUAUCUAGGAGACAGGACUUAAAAUUGAUAGUAACUUCUGCUACAAUGGAUGCCACAAAAUUUUCAAACUUUUUUGGCAAUGUUGCAAUAUUUAACAUCCCUGGUAGAACUUUUCCUGUAGACGUAAUGUUCAGUAAAAAUCCCGUGGAAGAUUAUGUUGAUUGUUCUGUAAAACAGGCAUUACAAGUUCAUCUUCAGGGAUUAGAGGGUGAUAUGUUGAUAUUUAUGCCUGGUCAAGAAGAUAUUGAGAUCACUUGUGAAUUAUUAGCUGAAAGAUUGGAUGAUUUAGAUGAUGCUCCACCACUAGCCAUAUUACCAAUUUACUCUCAGUUACCAAGCGAUUUACAAGCCAAAAUCUUUCAAAAAGCCCCUGAUGGUGUAAGGAAAUGUAUAGUUGCUACCAAUAUUGCUGAGACCUCAUUAACUGUAGAUGGUAUUAUGUUUGUUAUUGAUGCAGGCUAUUGUAAAUUAAAGGUGUACAAUCCUAAAAUUGGUAUGGAUGCUCUACAAAUAUACCCAAUAUCUCAGGCCAAUGCCAACCAAAGGUCUGGGCGUGCUGGUCGUACUGGACCUGGUCAGUGUUAUAGACUCUAUACACAUAGGCAAUAUAAAGAUGAAUUAUUAGCUUGUACUGUUCCAGAAAUACAAAGGACUAAUUUAGCUAAUGUUGUUUUGUUGUUGAAGUCUCUGGGUGUUCAAGAUCUUUUACAAUUUCAUUUCAUGGAUCCUCCACCUCAAGACAAUAUCAUGAAUUCAAUGUAUCAGUUAUGGAUUCUUGGUGCAUUAGAUAACACUGGCUCUCUAACUCCCAUGGGUCGCCAAAUGGUAGAAUUCCCAUUAGAUCCAGCUCUAUCCAAAAUGGUUAUUGUUUCCCUAGAUAUGGAAUGUAGUGCUGAAAUAUUGACAAUAGUAUCUAUGUUGUCAGUGCCUACCAUAUUUUAUAGACCUAAAGGUCGUGAAGAAGAUUCAGAUUCUGCUCGUGAAAAGUUUCAGGUUCCAGAGAGUGACCAUUUAACAUACCUAAAUGUUUACCAACAAUGGAAAAGAAAUGGUUAUUCUUCCAAUUGGUGUAAUGAACAUUUUAUUCAUAUUAAAGCUAUGAGAAAAGUACGGGAAGUUCGACAACAAUUAAAAGAAAUUAUGGACUCACAGAAAAUGGAAUUAAUAUCUUGUGGUAAUGAGUGGGAUAUUGUACGUAAAUCUAUUUGUUCAGCUUAUUUUCACCAAGCUGCUAGAUUAAAAGGACUUGGUGAAUAUGUUAAUUGUAGAACUGGUAUGCCCUGCCAUCUGCAUCCUACUAGUGCUCUGUUUGGUAUGGGAUACACUCCAGACUAUAUUGUUUAUCAUGAACUAGUUAUGACUUCUAAAGAAUACAUGCAAUGUGUUACAUCUGUAGAUGGACAAUGGCUGGCUGAAUUGGGGCCUAUGUUUUAUAGUAUUAAGGAUGCUAGUAAGACCAGAGUAGAAAGAAAGAAACAGGCUUUAAAUGAGAUGAUUGAAAUGGAAGAAGAAAUGAAGAGAGCUGAUGAACUAAUCAAAGCUAGGAAAGAACAGGCUGUUCAAGCUGCCAUCUCCAGUCAUAGAAGUCAAAUAGCAACUCCUGGUAGACGGAAGCCUGGAACGCCUGCUUCAACUCCUCGACGUACACCAGCAAAAUUUGGCUUACUGAUUAAUCUCAUUGGUAAGAUCAGUCUGAAGUCUACAACUGGAACAUUUUGA